GCGUCAAUAAUUUACCACUUAAAAAAAGUUUAUUUUACUCUCAAAUAUUAGUUAAAAUUCGAAGACUAGAAAACCAAAAACCACAUCAUAUUAAUGAGAUUUUCUUACAAAUGUCAAGGAUUUUUGUAUGCCAAAAACUUUGUUCAUUAUAACCUCAAAAAUCAAAAUCUCUAAGAACUCCAUCUGUUGCCCUUUUUUCGCUUUCAACACAUCAAUUCUUCCUAAAAAGCUCUUAUACUUCAUAUUUGCGGCAUUGAAUUGCUCACUUGGCACUAAGCAACAUCAAACAAACAAGCAUCUACAACUAACACUUUUAUUUUCAUUCCCAAAUGCAAACGCAAACGCAAACCAUAUUUAAUUUCUACUUCUCUACUUCUCUCCCUCAAGUCCAUCUCAUGGCAACCCAUAUCACCACCCCAACAAGGACAGAGGUAGUUUCUCUCCUCCGCGCACUCCUCCGCACAGCCCAGAAAUUCCCUUACUAUAACAUAAGAGAAUACACCAAACGUCGCACCUUAGAUGGUUUCCGACAGAACAGCUCUCUCUCUGAUCCGGCUCAUAUCACCAAUGCUUAUGCAGAUGGUGUCUCUCAACUGGAGGUUGCUCAACGAGUCAACGCCAAUCCAUUAUCUACUCCUUCCACCCCCAAAGUUAAGUUUAUCCUUGAAAUGAAGGAACAGCUGAAAACGGAUGAUCUUCAAGCUAAGAUGAAUACGGAGUAUUAUUGAUGCUUAGAAUAUAGUCUUGGUUACCAGGUUAUCAAAUUAUUAUGUAAAACUAUAUAUUCGAGGUUUUUCUUUUCUUUCGAAGAAAUAUCAUUGUAAAAGAUCAUUUGAUCUAUGAUAAUAUGAAAUGUUAUAGAGAAUCAACUAGGAAUUGCUUUUUGCUAGUAACAAUCCAAAGUUAACCAAAAUUUUCAUUCAUCCC